AUGGCGAAUCGCGAAGUGGAUACAGGUCGAGUUAUCGAUGAGGUACGCCUGAGGAAGAAAUUGUGGGAUGCAUCCGAUCCACUCUACAAAAAUAAAGAUAUAAGAAACAAAGCCUGGGAGGAUUUUGUGGACACAUUGUUCGAAAAUAUUUCAGGAGAAGAAAAACAAAACCUUGGUUUGUUUACUUUCUUAUUUUAUUAUCUGAAUACCUACACUACAGGACAAAGCCUUUUCAAGUUAAAAUAUAUACGAAUCUUGCCAGGGUACGCUUCCAAUUGGGCUCACAAUGUACUCAGCAAAAUGUUCUCGCACAGCGUGUCCAGACCUGUUUGUAGGAAAACUGGUUCAACAAAGGUGGAAAACAGCCCGGGAUGCGUUUUUUAG